UUUUUGAUUUGAGAAGGUACUACCACAGAAAAAUUGUGAAGUGUAAUACAUCAGAAUUACAGCAAAAAUGUUUAAAAUUAUCGCCAUAUGUUGCCUUAUGGUAACUAUUGCCAUCUCUUUUAAAAAAGUAGACGGUCAGUAUGUAUAUAAGCCUGCGUAUAUACAAAAAGAAUCUGUUACUUCUCAGAGUCUUGAACAUAUAAAGGCUAGCUUGGAGAAUUCUCUACUAGGGUACCUCCACAGUCUCCAGAGUGUCGAAGCUUCAUGCAGUGUAGUUACUCAUGACGCACAGAAAGUUGUUCAAGAAGUGAAGUCGAUUUUUGAUUCUUGUUUAAAAAACUCAAAUGAAACGUCUGUUAUUGAAUCAGGUAUACAAAAAUUGACGAAUAUGGCAAAUGAUUUGAAGAAAAAUAUUACGGAAUAUGUACAUGAAAUAUCAACGACAUGCAGAAAGACCCCUUUCAAUCUAACUUCGUGUUACGGUGCAAUAAAGACAAACAUUGCUAAGGUAAGUCUGAAGGAUUUAGUUGUUAUUGCGGCAGCCGAGGUUCUUAAGGUUGUUCCUGGUAUCCAAAGAUUAAUCCCUUAUGUCCCAAAUGUGAAAUUAUGUUAUGAAGACCUAUCUCAUCAAUUCACUCCAGACUAUUUGAAAGGAAUUUACCACGAUUUGAAAAAUUGUACCCAAAGCAUUCAGCACUUAUUUGGCGCAUAAAUUAUUUGUCAAUUAA